AUGGGAGAUCGUGUGCAUUUUAGCAGUGCCAGUGAACUUCUACGCGAGCAUACAUUUGAAGCUGAACGUCUCAUGGAACUUCACACAUUCCAUGAUGCGAAAGAAAGACAAUUGGCGAAGCUGAAACAAGAAGAAAAGGAAUUACAAGCUAUUCUCGCAGAACAAAAAGAUUUAAUUACUAUAUUUGGAGCUUCUGUUGGUGCUUCUUCAGAAUCUUUUGGUGAUAUUCCAAUUAUUUCAGGAACUCAAACAUAUGAUUCGUUAUAUACUCAAUCAAGAAGUGCGCGUGACAGAAAUGAGAAAUUAACGAAAGAUAGAAACAUUUAUCCUAGUGAUUCCGCAUCAAACUUAUUCGCAGAAUUUGAUACUCAAUUAGCACAUCAACCAGCAGGAGACAUGGCAAAUCCUAACGCAAACACGCAUCCAUCACACGCGUUUGCCCAAUCAAGGCAAAAUUAUUAUAAUAAAUCUCCAAUCGAUUUAAUUUUACAAGAUUUACAAGAAACUCAAAACUUUCAGCAAUUUUUCGAAAAGUAUCCACUCGCCUUAAUGUCAUACUGCACUUUAUUCGUUGAUGAUAAUCAAAGAUUCUCAGGACUUCCAACAAUUAUUGAAGGAUGGGAAAUUCCUGUCAGGCAGCAGUUUUGCCAAGCAUUCAUUGCAGACUGCCGUCAUCUUGCCGCAUUUCAGCAGCUUAUUACCGACAUGUACAACGUUCCUACGAUAUGCGAAAUGACAUCUCUUAUUGAGACUCGAGUACCCAUAUUCUACAAUUGUCCACGUGCAUUUUUCCUAAAAUACGAGCAGUCUACCGACGAAUUAGUCUUCCUUAAGGAAAAGAUUCAACUAAGAUUUCCUCUGAAGCAAGGAAUCUUCCAGCGAGCCAUUGUUUCACAAAAUCCAAUCGAAUCCAAUUCAGACGACCCAGAAGUCAGCCAAUCUGAUACCCCUAUCAUCCAAGAAAACAAGAAAAUUUUCAUUAUGCCCGUUCUUUCCGUUGUUUCUCAAUACCAAGUUGAAGGAAUCUUGUGUUUGUUCGAUAAAGUUGGCGGAAUCAAAGAUCGCGAUUACCUGACUACAUCCAUGCUUGCAAGAUCAAUUGCUUUGAUGAUUCCCGGCCUGGAAAAAUCGGAAUUAUCUAGAAAAAGAACGCAAGCAUUCCAACAAGCUGUUUACAACUAUGUUUCAUUGUGUACUGCCAGCGAAAUGUCUUCUAUUGUUGACCAUAUCUUUACUUCUUUCACGGAUUUCUUCAAUUGCGAAUCAGUGAAAUUAUUCAAAGUUUCUGUUGAAAAAAGUGUCGUCAGAGAAUUGACGAAAUUUGAAACUUUAGAAGAUCCUAUUCCCAUCACAGGCAUUGUUGGAACAGCCAUUACAUACAGGCAGACAAUUAAUUCCACAAAGCCACAAUUCUCUGAGCAUUAUGAUUCUGUUAUUGAUUGUUAUGAUGAAAAUUCUUUUUCUUCUUCACUUUUGGUGUCUCCUAUUUUAGAUUCAUCGAAAGUAUAUUGGGCCGUUGUAUUGUAUAACAAGAAGGAAUUGCCUUCUUUUACGGCUUUGGAUGAAGAAGCUUUGACAACGAUUUGCGCCCAUAUGUUGCCAAUUCUUCAAUCAGCUUGGAAGAAUAAGAAAUUAAAGAAGACAAUCGCAGAAUCAAAGCAACAAGUGGGACAAGCUGAAGCAUUAACUGAUGUUAUUGCUAGUCUUAAAUCCCCUACAGAUCUAAUGACAAUGAUACAAAGAAUGAACAAGUUUUUCAGAGAAAACACUCACUUCACUUCUGUUUGUUUAUAUACUGUUGACAGGUUUAGAAACGAAUUAUUUGAUAAAUACAGUGAAGAAAUCGAUGUCAUCUCUUUGAGUGCUGAUCAUCCUGCUUCUAAAUGCUGUAAAACAGGUUCUGUUGUUGAAGUUGAAGAUAACGUUGACAACACGAAAACUUUGUAUUUCCCAGUGUUGAAUACUAAUUAUUCUGUUAUUGGUGUACUUAAAUUUGGUGGAGAAGAAAAGACUGCACAGAUAUUACCAUCAAAACCUUUGCAAAGCCAUUCAAAUAAUGAAGAAAGACGUAAAUUUAUUCCUCCUCAAGCAUCAUCACUUUCUAUUUUGAACACGUUUAGAACUUCUAUUUCUAGUGGUCGUUUAUUGAGUUGGACGAAUGCGGACAACAACAAUAACACGAACAACGAAGAAGUUUCACAAGGAUCUGUUCUAAAGAUGGUGAAGAUGUGGCAAAGAAUUUGUGGAUCAGUUCUCGAAGGAGCUUUGAAAGACAUUUAUUACAACAGGAAGAAGAAAUUGAUUGAUUUUAUAAAUAUCGCUUUAUUCGAGAACCAAUUCGAUGCUUCCUUUAAAGUAUGGCAAGAAGUGCAAAUACUCAUUGAUGACUUUAAACCUUUACCAACAUCAAUGGUUGAUAUUACUUGCGCCCACAUUCCGGACAUUGUUUUUGCAAAUACGGCGGAUUUGACUGAGCGAACAAUUAAUCUUUUGAAAGCUUUGUCAAGUCUGAAUGGUUUAGAUGCAAGAGGAUUUAGUUCAUCGAACAAAGGAGUUCCGAAACCGAAAUCACAAAGUUCAAUGCCAAUUAUUAAUGAUGAGAGUGGUUCUAAUGGCGAAUUUCUUUCGACAACUGCCUUGGAUUUCAUGAUUAUGGAUGAAGAUGACAUGUUGAAAGGAAUCAUGCAAACUUUCCGUGAUCUUGGUGUUCUCCAAUUUUUCGGAUGCGAAGAAGAAACAGCUAUGGAAGUUGUUUUGCAGAUAAGAGCUUUGCAUCCUCCUUUACCUUUCCAUUCAUGGAGAUUGGCUGUUGAUCACUUCCAGUACGCAACUUUCCUUCUUUUGUCAACAGGUUUCGUCAAAUUGUUGAGUGAAGUUGAAAUGGUUUCAAUUUUGCUUUUCCUUUUGACACUUUAUUCAGACCCUAUCGCAAUGGAAGGAGAACCAUCCGUUGACCAAACAAUAUCAUUCACUUUGGAAACAAGUGGUUUGUUCUCAACAGUGUCCAGUUUGUUCACUGCUUUCUCGUGGACUGAUAUGUCUCUUCUCCAAACAAUGGGUGCUGAACAAAAAGCACAAUUGUGGAGAACAAUCGAUGCUUUGGAUUCUACUGGACAAAUGGAAUGUUUCGUUGGAGCAUCUCCUUCUAUUGUCUUGUGUGCAUUGGCAAGGCAAAGUAUCUUCCUUAGAGAAAGAGAUGUCGCUGAGAGAUGGGCGAAACUAAAAAUGGAUGAAGUUUUGGAUCCAUCUGAAAAAGAAGAUUUGGUCGAAUUGAUGAAAAUCCACUUGGAAUUCGAACGAGAUUCAAUUGUUGUUCCAAUAUUAGAAGAAGCUGCUAAACUCGAUGAAUCAAUGAAGGCUCUCAUUUCAAGAGCAAAUAUUAAUAUGGGUUCAAUUAUUGGUGGAUAA